GCGCGCGCACGGCCGAUGGACACACAUGGCUAGUGUUGUUGUUGCUCCGGUGAUCCACGUGAGCACCGAGCAGCGCUUCCUACUGGCUCGCUCGCGGGACGAGAGAGAAAGAGGCUGUAGCGUGUACUCCCGACACAAUUACAAAACCGAGAGACUGGAAAGAGAAGGCACCCAGCCCAGGUUGUCACAUGCUAAGCUGUUAGUGGUUUUAACGGAGACAGACGGGGAGGAAUCCUUCAGCCUCCGCAUGCCCGAGGGUCGCGUGUUUCCAGUGUGGCGGGGGAUUGGGGCCAGUAGUGGUGCUGGAGGCGGGUGGAGCCAGGGCUGGGGACGCUGCUUGCGAUGGGAGCCAGACAGUCCAGGACAAAGGGCCCGGAUCCCGGUAUUUGAUUACCCUGUCUGGUUAGUCCUCUGUCGUGGGGGACGUGCCAGGCUCAGGGAGGUUUGUCAGCGAGGGAGGGAUGCCAUCAGACUGCCCACAGACAUGCUCAGCAUCAAGCUUCCCCAGCUCUUUGACAUCCACCAGGUCCCCAAGGUGUUCAGGGAAGAUAGCAUCAUCUCUGGAUACCGUCACCCGCGGAGCUCAGCGCUGGACUGCGUCCUCAGCAGCUUCCAGAUGAACAACGAGACGAUCAACAUCUGGACCCACUUCCUGCCAACAUGGUACUUCCUGUGGCGUUUCUGCGUCCUCUGCUCCACUCUGAACUUCCUGACCGACAGCUACACCUGGCCCCUGCUGGUGUACAUGCUGCUGAUCUGCAUUUACCCCUUCACCUCCAGCUGUGCACACACCUUCAGCACCAUGUCCCCAGAGUCCCGCCACAUCUGCUACUUCUUUGACUACGGAGCGCUCAGCCUCUACAGUCUGGGUUGUGCUAUAAGCUAUGGGUACUAUGUCAUACCAGACAGCUGGGUAAACAGCUGGCUCCAUCAACAUUUUGUCCCCAUUGCCAUUGGAAACACACUGUUCUGUACCAGUCUGUCCUGCUAUUCCAGGUUCCUGGAGCUGCAGUUCCCACAGAAAAGUAAAGCUCUAAGGACAGGAGCGUUUGUCCUUCCAUUUAUAUUUGACACUGUUCCUCUGUUUUACAGGAUCCUUCUCUGCUGCGGGGGAAGCUGCAGCCCAAGCGACGCCUUGUCCAGUCACUGUUACCACCUCCUCUUUGCCUUCCUUACCUGUUUCCUGUUUACCGCCCACCUCCCGGAGAGGUUGGCCCCAGGGCGCUUCGACUACUUUGGCCACAGCCACCAGCUCUUCCACAUCAGCGCUGUGGUGGGGACCCACUUCCAGAUGGAGGGCGUGAUAGCAGACAUGAUGUCACGGAGGGCGUGGCUCGUGGCCCACGGAGCAACGCCUUCCUUCCUGUGGACCAUCGGGGGGCUGGCUGUCAGCCUCGUCCUCAACCUGGGCAUCAUCGCCAUUUUCAGCACCCCGCUGCUGUGGAAACCCUGCCACAGCUCUAACCAGCCGCACACAUCAAUGUGCGACCGCAAGGAGCAGUGACGGCGUAUUUUCCACCAACAGCCACAAAAUGGCUGAUUCACUUUCCAAAGGAAAGGUUUGGGCUGUUUGUCUGUCUCAGCAGUGUGUGUUUGAGAUAACUAUUAACAGUUCACAGUAGUGCUUGUUUAACACCAUUGGUUUUAUCAUUCAGAGAUAAAGAUUUUGAUACAUGUUCAGUGCUAAAGCAUUUUUUUAACAGCGUUAUACCCCUGAAGUAUUUGUUCAUGUGUUUACUCAGAAGCUGAGGACCCAGUCACAUUUAUUGAAGCCUUUUUCUGAUGUAACUUUAAGCUCAUAUGUGAGAGGCUGAAAACAUGUCUACUGUGUACAAAUAUCUGUUUAAUUUAUUUUUAAUGUUCAUCAAUGUGCAUUUAGAAAGGCUCUGGGUUAAAGGAAGCAUGCUGUAGUAACACAAGUGCCUUAUCGUAGACCUACACUUCAUUUACAAUGUUUACAGUAGAUCACUACAAGGACAAGUUUAAAUCUCAAACUGGAAAUAUCUAAUGUCGCAGUUUGCAGGGAUUAUAUUUUGAAUUAAUGAUGCUUCUUUUUGCAUGUACUAGGCCAGAAUCUCCUUUACUUUAAGGAUUUAUUGAAAAUAUUACUUGUAACUGGAUUACUUGGUUGGUGUGGUUGUUCUGUGUAUAAAGCAGUCUUCAGGGUAGACAACCCUCAUAACCCUCAUUCAACUCUACAUAAUAUAAUGCAGAUUGGCUUGCCAGCUCUUAUACAUCCACCUAUUGAUUCCACUCUGCACGGACUGGAAUUGAUUUGCAGGCCAGUGUGCUUCUUUUUCUGAUUGCCUGCCUUAUUAUGAACCCCACGAUCUGCCCUCAACAUGAAGAAAAAAAAAGUUACAGUGCAGUGGUGAUUAUUAAGACAGGUACCAUUUUUAUAACAGUACGUUUCCAUGGCAACGCUAUGCUGGCCUCAUGCCCCCUGAAGGUUUUCAACAAUUUUUAUGUUCUGAGUAAAUGGCACCAUUUUCUCUUGUUCUUCCAUCCUGUAUCAUAAAAUCUAUUCUGAACAUUUAUCAUGUAGAAUAACACUCUCAUAAUCACAACCCAAAAAUUAAAAAAAAAUAAUAAUAAUAAUCAGUGGUUGUAAUUCAACUUUAUGCAUUUGCAUAUUUAUGUGUGGUAUUUUGGUGCAUGCUCAGUAUAACAAACACUCCUUAUAUACUGUGGUUUCUCUUUUUAUCCCAUGAGACUGUUGUAUACAUUCACCACUAAAUGUGUCUUAUAUAUUUAUAGAAUUGUAUUAUAUUUAUUGCUUGUUUUAGCAUAAACAGGAAUGACAAUGAGUACUAUAGAUGAGGUAACUAGAAUUCUUAAUAAAUUAACUGAAAUAAUGAUCCUUUUAAGUAAUUUGUGACUGUUAUUGAGCUUUCUUUUUCUUAAAACAAAAAGUGAAAAAAGUGCAGAGAGAUUAUUUCACUAGGUUUCGAACACUAGUCAACCUGUUUCAAGAGUUUCCUAAAAAUACCUGUCUCUAUUGGAGCUGAAAUGAUUGGUUUAUUAAUCAAUUAGUCAAGUGACAGAACUAUUUUUAGAAUCGAUUAAUCAUUUGAAUCACUUUUCAGGCAAAUGUGCCAAACAUUUUUUUUUUUUAGAUUUUAUGGGCAAAACAAUCGAUUUAAUUGAGAUUUUUAUUUUAAUCUAUAAAUUACAGAUUCAAAAAAAUCUGAAAAACUGGUUCAAAUGAUCUGAUUAUUUCACUUGUUUUAAGAAAAUAAAACUUUAGGGACUUAAUAAUGGACAGAAAUGACUUGAUGAUAAGAUGCAUAAAUUAGAUAAUUCAUUAAUAUUAUUGUCAUAGCAGUAUUGUGUGUAUGUAUGUAUAUAUGUGUGUAUAUUUUUAUAUAUAUAUAUAUAUAUAUAUAUAUAUAAAAUAUACACACACACACACACUAUGGUUCAGAGACAAAAAAGUAUUGUUUAAUAGGUUUCAAUGGGAGACAGGGUGCCACACAUUACUAAACAUCUCUGUUGCAGCACUAACAUACUGUAGGUACAGAUUUCAACAAUCCUUAUUUUACUUGACAAACAUGCGGAAGGCUGAUCUGUAUAAAACAAGUUUUAAAGCAUGUAGGGCACAACUUUACACUUAAUUCCACCAGUAACACCAGUAGUUCGUUCACAUAACCCACAGGAAACACGCGGCUAAUACACACGCACACAAACGUCUGUUAACUGUGUUGGUAGAGAGUUUAAUAAGAGGGGAAAAUGUAUGUGAUAAUAUGGGAAUGAGGUGUGUUGAGGUCCAUGCUGGAUACUGAAGUAGAAAUGUCAGACGCAGAGUGAAUGUGUAGAAUUAUAAAAGAGCACACACACACACACACAUGCACACACACUUUUGUAUUAGAACUGGGGAGUUGUUUAAGAUGUUUUCAAGGUUAGUGCGCAGAGUAUAAAGUCACAUCGCCCUUUAUGUCGCACACAAAACAGAGCAGCAUUUGCCCUCAAUAAUGUUUCCACCAACUCUGUUUCUGUUUAAUCUCUACCCCUGUCGAGCCUUCAUCGAUUUUUAUUUUCUCUACAGUUAUCAUCUUACAGCAUUCCUCGGUUUGACCCUGUUGAUUCUUGGAAUUGCAUCAUUACUGGCUUCUGAUGUGGUUCUUUGCUAUUCUCACCUCACUCAUUCUCAGCCGUUCGGUGCCUGUAAUGUGUUAAGCAGAAUGACAGUUAUAAAGCUGAUAGAUGGUGAGUGUUGAGGCUUCCACAUCAGAUAGAUCGAUGCUGAUAUUGCUUUUCUAAAUUGCAUUUUUACAUUUAUGUUGACCAAAUUAUCAAUUCCGAGUCCAGAAACUCUCCAGACCUUGUUACCUUGAAAGCUAUUUGUUGUGUAAACAUAGUUGGUUUACUCCUCAGUGGACAACCUGAUGCAGGUUGUAAUUAUCAGAAAAAAUUGGCACUUUUCUUGUAACGACUUAAAAAGAAAAUACAACAUACUGAAGGAUGUUUGAUAACGUGAAAUAGAGAGCAAAGACGAGUGCGGGAUGAACCAUUUGAUACAACAAUAAUAUUUCUGUCAAAAAAGGUUUUGAAACACAGGGUUUGAAAGAGUUAUUGAUGCCUUUUUAAAAAAAUGUUUUAUACAACCUUUCUUUUGAUUAUAAUGCUCUGUUUGUUCCUUGUCCGUUGACAACAAACUACUCUUAAAAUGUAUAAAUACUUAUUUGUUUUUUGCUGUGAAUAAUUUGGAAUUUGCUACUUUGUUCUACUAGACUUGUGUAAUAAAUGUGAGCCUUUUAUAAAUGGAA